GCGGAGAGCGCAGCCGGGCGCACCCCGUCCCACAGCCGGCCCCGACCGCUCCGCAAGCCCCUGAGCACCCGCCGCCGCCUGCAGCAGGAGGAGCAGAGCGGGGGGGAGGAGGAGGAGGAAGGCAGCAGCCCGCCCGCAGCCGGGGCACGCACGUGUGCGCGCAGACCUCGACGGCCGCCCUCCAGCAUGCUGCUCGGAGCCGCGCAGGGCAGAGCGCCGGAGAGGAGCUGAGCGCGGCCGCGGGAGAAGAGAGAGGAGCAGAGCAGGAGCGGCUCCGCGGAAUCCUCCGUGCGUCCGUCCCGUCCGACCCCCCACCCACCCACUUCGCCGAGGGAGCGGCGGUCCCGCAGUAUGGGCGGCCGCAGCCCCCUCGCCGCUGCCGGGCCCCGCGGGGCCGCUGUCCUGGUGCUGCUGCUGGGGCGCCUCGCUCUCUGUCUCGCCGUGGAGGGAAAGAAAGUUUGUCAAGGGACAAAUAACAAGCUGACCCAACUGGGACAUGUGGAAGACCAUUUCACCAGCCUGCAGAGGAUGUAUAACAAUUGUGAGGUGGUGCUCAGCAACCUGGAGAUUACAUACGUGGAGCACAAUCGUGACCUCUCUUUCCUGAAGUCGAUACAGGAGGUCGCCGGCUACGUACUCAUCGCACUUAACAUGGUGGACGUCAUUCCCCUAGAAAACCUCCAGAUCAUCCGAGGCAAUGUGCUGUAUGACAACUCUUAUGCCCUGGCAGUUUUAUCCAAUUACCACAUGAAUAAAACCCAGGGACUCCGGCAGCUGCCAAUGAAGCGGCUAUCAGAAAUUCUCAAUGGAGGUGUUAAAAUCAGCAACAACCCCAAACUCUGCAACAUGGACACUGUUCUCUGGAAUGACAUCAUUGACACGAGCAAGAAGCCUCUCACAGUGCUUGAGUUUGCAAGCAACUUGUCUUCUUGUCCCAAAUGCCACAUGAACUGCACAGAGGACCACUGCUGGGGCCCUGGUGAACAGAACUGCCAAAAAUUAACAAAAGUCAUCUGUGCCCAGCAGUGCUCUGGCCGCUGCAGGGGGAAGGUGCCCAGCGACUGCUGCCACAACCAGUGCGCUGCGGGAUGCACGGGGCCUCGGGAGAGUGACUGCCUGGCAUGCCGCAAGUUUCGGGAUGAUGCUACAUGCAAGGAUACGUGUCCCCCGUUAGUCCUGUAUAACCCCACCACCUACCAGAUGGAUGUCAACCCUGAUGGAAAAUACAGCUUUGGAGCCACUUGCGUGAAGGAAUGUCCACACAACUACGUGGUGACAGACCAUGGCUCCUGUGUUCGCUCGUGCAAUGCUGAUACUUACGAAGUGGAAGAAAAUGGUGUUCGGAAGUGUAAAAAGUGUGAUGGGCUGUGCAGCAAAGUGUGCAAUGGCAUUGGAAUAGGUGAACUUAAAGGGAUCCUCUCCAUAAAUGCCACAAACAUUGACUCCUUCAAAAACUGUACCAAGAUCAAUGGGGAUGUCAGCAUUCUCCCAGUUGCUUUUCUGGGCGAUGCCUUCACAAAGACUCUACCCUUGGACCCCAAGAAGCUGGAUGUCUUCAAAACAGUCAAAGAAAUAUCAGGAUUUCUGUUGAUUCAAGCCUGGCCCGAGAAUGCUACUGAUCUCUAUGCUUUUGAAAAUCUGGAGAUUAUACGAGGCAGAACAAAGCAACAUGGCCAGUAUUCCCUUGCUGUAGUUAACUUGCAAAUACAGUCCUUAGGGCUGCGCUCCCUCAAGGAAAUAAGCGAUGGAGAUGUUGCCGUUAUGAAGAACAGGAACCUCUGCUAUGCUGACACCAUGGACUGGCACAGCCUGUUUGCAACUCAGAGCCAGAAAACAAAGAUUUUACAGAACAGAGAUAAAAAUGAGUGUGCUGCUGCCAAGCAUGUUUGUGACCCCCUGUGCUCAGAUGUGGGCUGCUGGGGCCCAGGACCCUUCCACUGUUUCUCCUGCAGGUUUUUUGCUCGCCAGAAGGAGUGCGUGAAACAGUGCAACAUCCUACAAGGGGAGCCAAGAGAGUUUGAAAAGGACUCCAAGUGCCUACCCUGCCACCCUGAGUGCCUGGUGCAAAACAACACUGCAUACAAUGCAACCUGCACUGGACCUGGUCCUGACAACUGCAUGAAGUGUGCCCAUUUUAUAGAUGGCCCCCACUGCGUGAAAUCCUGCCCAGCGGGGGUGCUGGGUGAGAAUGACACCCUCGUCUGGAAAUACGCCGACGCCAAUGCCGUUUGCCAGCUCUGCCACCCAAACUGCACCCGGGGGUGCAAAGGGCCAGGUCUUGAAGGCUGUCCAAAUGGCUCCAAAAUUCCGUCUAUCGCAGCUGGUGUUGUCGGAGGUCUCCUGUGCCUGGUGGUGGUCGGGUUGGGCAUCGGCCUUUACUUGCGGAGACGCCACAUCGUCAGAAAGCGGACCCUGCGCCGGCUGCUGCAGGAGAGGGAGCUUGUCGAACCACUGACACCCAGCGGGGAGGCGCCAAACCAGGCUCAUCUGAGAAUUCUGAAGGAAACAGAAUUUAAAAAGGUCAAAGUUUUAGGCUCUGGAGCUUUUGGCACUGUUUAUAAGGGACUUUGGAUCCCAGAAGGGGAGAAGGUUAAAAUUCCCGUUGCUAUUAAAGAGUUGAGAGAGGCUACAUCACCAAAAGCCAACAAGGAAAUACUUGAUGAAGCUUAUGUGAUGGCUAGUGUUGACAACCCUCAUGUGUGCCGCUUGUUGGGAAUCUGCCUCACGUCUACUGUUCAGCUCAUCACACAGCUGAUGCCUUAUGGCUGCCUCCUUGAUUACAUCCGAGAGCACAAGGACAACAUUGGCUCCCAGUACCUUCUCAACUGGUGUGUGCAGAUUGCAAAGGGAAUGAACUAUUUGGAGGAACGUCGCCUGGUGCACCGUGACCUCGCUGCCAGGAAUGUCCUUGUUAAGACUCCUCAACACGUGAAAAUCACGGACUUUGGGCUGGCCAAGCUGCUCGGUGCCGACGAGAAGGAGUAUCACGCCGAGGGAGGCAAGGUUCCGAUUAAAUGGAUGGCCUUGGAGUCAAUUUUACACCGGAUUUACACUCAUCAAAGUGAUGUCUGGAGUUAUGGUGUGACGGUUUGGGAGCUGAUGACAUUUGGGUCCAAGCCAUAUGAUGGGAUCCCUGCCAGCGAGAUCUCCUCUGUCCUGGAGAAGGGCGAGCGUUUGCCCCAGCCCCCAAUCUGCACCAUCGACGUGUACAUGAUCAUGGUCAAAUGUUGGAUGAUCGACGCAGACAGCCGUCCCAAGUUUCGUGAACUGAUAGCUGAAUUCUCAAAAAUGGCUCGUGACCCUCCACGCUAUCUCGUUAUACAGGGAGAUGAUAGGAUGCACCUGCCCAGCCCUACAGACUCCAAGUUUUAUCGCACCCUGAUGGAGGAGGAGGACAUGGAAGAUAUAGUGGAUGCGGAUGAGUAUCUUGUGCCACACCAGGGCUUUUUCAACAGCCCUUCGACAUCCCGCACUCCCCUCCUGAGUUCAUUGAGCGCUACUAGCAACAACUCUGCUACAACCUGCAUUGACAGGAAUGGGCAGGGGCACCCUGUGCGGGAAGACAGUUUUGUCCAGAGGUAUAGCUCAGACCCAACAGGCGCUUUCUUGGAGGACAGCAUAGAUGACAGCUUCCUGCCAGCCCCAGAGUAUGUAAACCAGUUGGUGCCCAAGAAAACAUCUGCCUCUGCAGUCCAGAAUCCAAUCUACAACAACUUCUCUCUCACAGCAAACUCAAAGGUCCCCACGGACUCCAGCUACCAGAAUUCACACAGCACAGCUGUGGACAACCCCGAGUAUCUCAACACCAACCAGUCUCCACUGGCAAAGACCGUCUUUGAGAGUUCUCCUUAUUGGAUCCAGGCGGGCAACCACCAAAUAAAUCUGGACAAUCCUGACUACCAGCAGGACUUCUUACCGAAGGAAACCAAACCUAACGGUCUCUUGAAAGUUCCUGCAGCAGAAAACCCAGAGUACUUGAGGGUGGCAGCACCAAAAAGUGACUACAUUGAAGCCUCAGCAUGACCAUGGAGAAUUUCUUCUUGCAGCAAGGCAAGCGAGACUCUUAAGUGAACUACCUGGCUGCUGCAAGAAUGGACUCUGGCUCAGAGCAGAUGGCAACUGCAAUGCAUCGAUAAGCACACCUCUCCUUUUCAGCGUGGGGGCUGAAACUGCAAAUCCUAUCUGAUGGUAGUGUGGGUCUUUUCUUGCCCAUUUCCAUGUCAUAACUGAGGCCCACAGCCUUUAUACACACGUGUGUUGGGAUGGAGCAGUAUCUUCCUGGACUAAAGAAAAAUGGAUGCAUUUCUUUCAUUUUCAAAUGGUAGCACGGUAAAAAGCCACUCUGGGAUGAACUUGAGAGCUGUACACAUUGUACAGCCAAAUUCCUUUCUACAGUCUGUAUUUUUAUAAAUGUUUCUAACGGAACUUUCGGAUCUUUUACAAAAUCAGAGGCUUGUACUGCUGUUCUGCUAUGUGGUGCUCGGAUCACCAGCAAAAAAAAAAAAAAAAAAAAUUACCAAUAGUUUUCCGAAACUCCUGGAACAGAAACUGUUAUUCCAAACCACCAAAUUUUUACAAAUUGGCUCCAUAUACUGCCUUUUGGCCCAAAGGUGAGAAGUGCAUCUAAGGGAGAAGUGAGCAAUUCUUGCCAGGGCAAUAUGGAUUGGAUUGCUCCAGAGGAAAUUAGCACAAGGAGCAAAGUGGCACAGUGCGUCACCUGCUGACCACUACUGCUAAGAACUGACAGAAGGAACUCACCUCAAGUCAUCUAUACGUGAUUCUAAAGUGCUCACUAGUCUGUUUUCUGAUGGUCAAACCCAAGACUUUUUUUUUUUCUGAUCCCUUAUGCAGCUGUCGAGUUGUCAAAACGCCUUUCUUCUUCAACAAAACUGUUAAAGAUGUUGCCGUAACCGAAAAAUGAAGUGUCAAAUAAUGUGUAACAGACCUUCAUUAAAUGUCAAGGAAAUGCAAAUGGUGGCAAAUUGGAACAUUCACGAGACAGACGGGAAGAACUAUACUAAAUUAAACUUGGCUAGGACAAGAAACACAGGUAGCUCUAGCCAAGCAGUUUUAUUUCCCUUCUUAAAGAGCAGAAAUCAUUUUCCCUUAUACAUGUGGCAAAGAAAAGGCAUAUAUAAGUGUUAAAUUUCAAGGCAGAAUACUGCCAGUUGCUGUUCCACACCGGGACAGAUGCUGGGCCUGGUUACAUGCCCCUUUGAGGUCACAUGUCCUGGCAAUGCAGGAGGAGCAGUGAGAAUGAAUUAAGGAAUAAAUAAUCCAGAGCGAUGAAAAAUAUUAUCUCCCUCUUCUAAAACACAGGGCUGCCUACUACUUCUUUAAAAUACACACCAUCAUCUUCUGAUUAUCAGUGUGGUAUAGGCAGGCGAGGCAAAACUAAGAUUUUAGCCUGACAGUGUAGAUCAAUCACAGCAGCAAAAGCAACUACUCUUUCCAGUGAACCAUAAAAUUAUUCCAUCAUUAACAUUUCUUAUGAGUGUAGGAGGAGUAAAGUGCCUAAAGUGUGAAUUUAGUCAGUCAUUUAGAUGCAUCCCACCAGCAACUUGGCAGUGCUAUUUUAAUCAAACCACUAGAUCAGAAAGCAAAUGCUCAUUUUGGGACAAAGGCCCUUAACCAGUUGAAUGUUGGCAACUUGCUUGAGGGUAGCACAAGCAGCUGACUUGCAGAGGAUCUGUAGUCUAUAUUAAGUAGCAAGAAAGAGUCAAAUUUAUGCCACUGCUGUGCUUUGAAUACAUCAGUACGUGUUUCAGUUCAAGGAUUGCAUCUGAAGUCUAAGAUCAAGCAGCAAAUCCUUAGAACACUGUUUUUGCAGAUUUAUUGAGGGAAGGAGAAGAACAGCCAUGUGGAAUGACCCUUUUUGUAAGUUACAUGGUGUAAAAUGCAUUAAGAGCUUGUGUGUGCACAGUGGCUCAUGGGCCACACUGCAGUCUAGCAUCACAAAGCAGCAAUACUGAUCUCUUGUCUGUGGUGACCAGGGACAGGACCCGAGGGAAUGGCCUGAAGUUGUGUCGCAGGAGAUUUAGGUUGGAUAUUAGGAAAAGGUUCUUCACCCAGAG